UUUUGGGUGUCCGACGCUUAGCUUGCUGCGUUGCUUCACUUUAAUCGGACAGUUUAUUGUAGAGUGUGUGAAAGUCCUGUCUGUGCUGAAGAGGACAGAUGAAGACAUGGAGCGGUCAUUCGGUGGGGAUCUAAGCGGAGGUCUGGAGACCGCUCUCAUUUUGAUAGAGGCCAGUGAGAGCGGGGAGGACGCCUUCCCCAAAUUCCAGUACAAUCCAGAGAACAUACAGGGUCCAGGCUGUGACGUUGACCCGACUGAAGUGACCCUCCCUGGUUGCUCCUGCCGCUCGCAGUCCUGCCUGCCGGACAGCUGCCCGUGCUUGUGCUUCGGCCAGCCCUACACCGGCGAGGGCCGUUUGGUGGAGCAGCGAGAAGAGGAGGCCAGCCUGGGCUACAGCCGGCCUGUGUUUGAGUGUAACGUCCUGUGUGAGUGCAGCGAGGCCUGCCAGUCCCGCCUGGUCCAAAAUGGGGUGCGGGUACGUCUGGGAGUAUUUUGUACUCAGGACCGCGGCUGGGGGGUUUUGGCUCUGGAAGCGAUCCCACAAGGCUGCUUCGUUUGUGAGUACGCUGGGGAGGUGAUCGGCUUCCAGGAGGCCCGGAAGAGGCAGCUCUCCCAAACCGCCGAGGACAUGAACUACAUCAUCGCCGUCCAGGAGCACGGGGGCGGGCAGCAGCUCAGCCGGACGUUUGUUGACCCGGCCACGGUGGGCAACGUGGGCCGCUUUCUGAACCACUCGUGCCAGCCCAACCUGGUGAUGGUGCCCGUGCGUGUGCACUCGCUGGUGCCCAGGCUGGCGCUGUUCACCAGCCGAGACAUAGAGGCGGGCGAGGAGCUCACCUUCGACUACGCCGGAGGACACGUCACCAGCACGCAAACCCACUCGCACAGACUGGGACCUCAGACUGAACCUGGAGCUCCCCAGAGGAAAGCAUGUCACUGUGGAGCACCGAACUGCACUGGAGUUUUACCUUUAGACGUCUCCGUCCUGCAUUAAUAACACCGCGUCAAUUUUCGCAUUUCUAUUCAAAUUAAAGGGGAAUUCCACCAGAAUUUCUACAUGAUUAAAUCUUUUAAUAUGUAAA